GCUUUGUUCUCAAAACGGAUCCAGACAAAAAUCAAGGACCUUCUGCAACAAAUGGAAGAAGGGCUGAAGACAGCAGAUCCACAUGACUGCUCUGCCUAUACUGGCUGGACUGGUAUUGCCCUCCUAUAUCUGCAACUGUACCGUGUCACGAAAAACCAGAGCCAUUUGCAGCGAUCUCUUGAUUAUGUGAAGAGAAUCCUUCGCAAUCUGAAUGGCAGAAGAGUUACUUUCCUCUGUGGUGAUGCAGGGCCACUGGCAGUGGGUGCAGUGGUUUAUCACAAGCUGAAAAAUGACAGUGAAUCUAAAGAAUGUAUUGCCAAGUUGUUGCAGCUCCAAAGGAUGGUCAUAAGCACAGAUGCUGAACUCCCAGAUGAGCUGCUUUAUGGCAGAGCAGGUUACCUAUAUGCCUUGCUGUACCUGAAUACUGAAAUCGGUCCGGACACUGUCCCACAGUCUGUUAUCAAAGAGGUAAUAGAUGCUAUUAUUGAAUCGGGGAAAAACUUUUCGAAGGAGGAGCGGAAAACAGACCGUUGUCCUCUGUUGUACCAGUGGCACAGGAAGCAAUACGUUGGAGCGGCCCAUGGAGUGGCUGGGAUCUAUUACAUGCUCAUGCAGCCAAUUGCAAAUGUGGACCAGGAGACCCUGACAGAGCUGGUGAAGCCAAGCGUUGACUACGUGCGUCAUAAAAAAUUCAGAUCUGGGAAUUACCCAUCAUCGCUGAGCAAUGAGACUGACAGACUGGUUCACUGGUGCCAUGGUGCCCCUGGAGUCAUCCACAUGCUUAUGCAAGCUUAUAAGACUUUUAAAGAGGAUAAAUACUUGAAAGAUGCUAUGGAUUGUAGCGAUGUCAUCUGGCAGAGAGGUUUAUUGAGAAAAGGAUAUGGGAUCUGCCAUGGUACUGCUGGCAAUGGCUACUCCUUCUUGUCUCUCUAUAACCUAACUCAGGACAAAAAGUACCUCUACCGAGCUUGCAAGUUUGCUGAAUGGUGUUUGGAGUACGGUGCACAUGGAUGUCGUAUUCCUGACCGACCUUAUUCUCUCUUUGAAGGCAUGGCUGGAGCUAUUCACUUCCUCUCAGAUAUUUCAGUACCGGAGACUUCCCAGUUUCCAGCAUUUGAACUUGGACCUCAAAGGAGGGAAAACAAAGUGCAACAGGACAGCUAAAAGAUCGUUUUGAAAGGAAACUGAUGCCAAAAGAGAUGAGACUGUUUAGUGCCUCUGAUACUGAACUAAUUCGAUCCUGAACCGAUGGAUGGAUAAACCCCUUUUCUCACUCUCCCCUGCCCCAAAGGACCGUGAAGUCAUUAGAGCAUGAACGGGAGAAGCCACAUUUAAGUUCUGUUAAAGUGACACCUUCAGAUGUAAGACAAGAGAAGUCAAGUUUUGAACUUUCUCUCUUCCAUUGUAUUUGUCUUCUUCAGGUCUUUGACAUGCUCUGCAUGUUUAUUGGUGUUGUCUGUUGAUUCGAGUCUUUUGUCGUUAGC